AUGGAGAAACAACUAAAACUUUUAAUAUUAUUAUUUGUUUCGUCCACAAUUGACUCCACACAAGAAAAAACAGAAAUAAUUCAUACUACAAGUAAUGGGUGUAUACAAGGGUUUCGUAAUGAAUAUGCAGAAGUAUUUUGGGGUAUACCAUAUGCUAAACCCCCUACGGGAGCUUUAAGAUUUCAAGUUCCACAACCAUUUAAAACAGAAGAAGGACAGAAGAAUGAAAUAUUUCAGGCAAUUAAACCAGGACAUGGUUGUAUUCAAAACUGUGUUCUACCAAUAGGUGCAUGUCCCGAAACAAUAAGUGAAGAUUGUUUAUCACUUAAUAUUUAUCGUCCGAAAAGAAAAUGUGAUCAAGCAUUAACUGUAAUGAUAUUUAUACACGGUGGUGGCUUUGUUGCUGGUGCCUCAGCCGUUCCAUUAAUGAAUCGAUGA